AUUGGAGGAAUGGUUUUUUUAUUAUAGAAAACAAGCAUAAACCGAUGGAUUUUUCUUUGUUAUGUUUCUUGGCAUUGGAGGAGAUGACAAGAACGGCGUUGUUUGCGACUUUAACCAUGACAUCUCAUUGUUUUAGAGGAUCAUUUCUCCUGACUUCCACAAUGAUGCACAUUGCUUAGAUUCUUGAACCAGAAGAAGAUCCCUAUGUCAUUAUUACAAGACAGCCAAGUUCUGCGUUUUCGUAUAAACUCGAUCAAGGUAACAGGGUUUCUCUUUUAAUCUUGGUUAGUGAGGACUACAGAAGACUAAUGUCAGAAGCACAGGAUCAGUUAGAGAUCAGGUUUCGAUUGAACGACGGGUCAGACAUUGGUCCUAAAACCUUCUCAACUUCUACUAGUGUUUGCACUUUGAAGGAAAGCAUCCUUGCACAAUGGCCUAAAGGGAAGGAGAACGGUCCGAGAACAGUGAAAGAUGUGAAGUUAAUAAGUGCUGGUAAGAUAUUGGUGAACAGUAGAACAUUAGAAGAGUGCAAGACCCCAAUAUGCGGUCUAACAGGAGAAGUUACAACCAUGCACGUUGUUGUCCAACCCCCACCCACUCAAGGAGGUAAAAUUUUGAUCCUGAGCAAUUCAAUCUUAGUUCUUGAACAGUCGAUGGUCAAUUUAUUCUCGGUAGUUUCAUAUUUAGAUCUUUCUGACAUUUAUUUAUUUUAUAAUUAUAUCCUCCUUUUGUUGUGAUUAAACAGAAAAGAGAUCAUCAGAUCAACUGCAGAAUAGAUGUGUUUGUGUCAUCUUGUAAGUUGCAAUAAGAAAUGUAGUGCUAUUUUGAGUUUCCUCCCCUUCCAAGAUCGCUAAUUAGCGUUUUCUCCCCAAAAAGAUUAAAAUUAGUGUUUCCUCCUAUCAUCAACUAUUCCAUCCAUUGCUCCGUUAGGCGAGACAACACCUUUGCACGCGUGGCAAAAACUGUACACGUAUUUCGUGACCUUCCCAAAAUACCCUCGACUAAAAACACUCUUUAAUCCCCUCCGUUCACUCCCAAGAUCAAUGACAGUAGCAGAAACUCUAAACCUGCUUUCUCGCUCAAGUUACAACCCAAAACCCAUCACAGAUUCGUACCAGUUUCUGCGAAAUUCUAAAUCCAACCUACCCAACACUAUUGGUCCUAGUAGAACUCUAAAAUACCAUUUAAUCCUCUCCAUCGAUCAUCAAUAACUAACGGCAGUAACAAAGUUCAGGCCAAACAUUCUGUCCAACCCUCUAAUGAUUCACAUCCAUCUCCGUGUAGUUCUUGACUCUUCUAACCCAUCUCAAUCAGCGACAGCGACUCAAGCUUUACUGGCUUGAGCUCUUGGCAGUGAACUAGGAGAAAAUGUUCGUUCAGCUAAUUUGUCGAACAUUUGAAAUGCAAUCUGGUGGUGUUUCUACGCACUAAGAAACCAUCUUUUUCUAUACCUAUUCAAAUCCCUGCCAACCCAUUCAACACAGACCCAAUGUUCUAAACAUAUUAAACUUCUAAGACAUUCAUUAAUCUGCACCAUUCAUUCAAUCAUCAUUAUCAACAUCACACCAUAUCUUCUCUUGUUCAACUGAUUUUUAAGUCUUGAAAUGCUCAUUACUUCGAAACCCAUAAUUCUUAUAGUUUCGAACUUCUGGAUUACUCUUCAUUCUCCUCCAAUUAUACUCCAACAGAACUCAAAGAUUGCCUCCACCCAUCUCCGUUGAUCAUCAAUUUGAACAACAACAUCUUGGUUAAUUUCGGUUGUAAGAGAAUCACCUGACCAUUUUCAAUUGCUUCAUCCAAAUCCUCUUCAAGCUUGUAUUAAAUUCAAAUCCCCCCAAAUAAUCCUGCUCCCCAGUUCAUAUUAACUACCCUAAUCUUCCAUAGGCACUAUUAAUUUGAAUAGAAAUUUCUAGGAACCCAAAAAUUUGGGUUUUUUCUGAAAUUUCGAAGAAGACAUAAAAUUUCGAGAACAAUGACCGUGAAUAAAUUAUUCGAAUGAAAAUAAGGGAAGAAGAAGAGGAAGAGGAGGUCGAAAAAGAUAAUAACAAUGCCAGAAAAGAAGUGAACCGGCGGGUUUUAGUGUUUCUGUGAAGAUGGGUUUUGAGUUUAAUUGAUAGAAAAACCAGAGGGUAUUUUGGGUAGUAUAUUUAACAUGCGUACAUUUUUACCACUGUAUAUUUAUGCUAACUCAACUAACCGAGUAAUGGAUGAAAUAGUUGACGAUAGGAGGAAACACUAAUUUUAAUUUUUUUGGGAAGGAAACGCUAAUUAGUGAUCUUGAAAGGGGAAUAGCCUAGAAAUGUAUUAAGAAAGAAAUCCGUUUUUAUUAUUUCGGCGUCUUAUGGAGGAUGCAGCACAAAUCUAGCUCAUCCUAUUUGCUUAUAUUAUUUUCCAUCAUUUCUUUAGAAAAUUGUUGCUGCUUGUACAUUUUGUAUUUGCUAUCCCUACAUCAACUAGACAUGUAUUCUCUUA